AUGCGAGACUAUGCGCUUCACUCCAAUUUCCAGUGAUUGUGUUUUUUGCUGCUUAUUUUAUUAAUCAUCAAGAUGUGCCCCGGCCCCCGCAGGCCCUCCCCGCCGCCGGCCGGCACCGUGUCCGAUGCGCGAAACCCUUCCUUAGAGGCGGCCGCGCUUCUCCUCGAGCUUUCCGCCUCCGAUGACCUCUCCACCUUCAAGCGAGCGGUGGAGGACGCCGGAGUUCCGAUCGACGCCGCCGCUCCGUGGUACUGCCGCUCCUCUGCCGGAGCGAUGGCGUACCAGCUACGUACCCCGCUCAUGAUCGCGGCUCUCUACGGAAGCACCUCUGUGAUGGGCUACAUCCUCUCCGCGCGCCCCGCCGAGGCCGCCCGUCGCGCGGCAUCCGACGGGGCCACCGCCCUCCACUGUGCUGCCGCAGGUGGAUCGGAGGCAUCCCUCGAAGCGGCUAAGCUCUUGAUCGCUACGUCCCCCGAGGUCAUCGAUGCCGUCGACGCGAGCGGCAACCGACCCGGGGAUAUCGUCGCCCGGCAGUUCUGGAACACGGCCUUCAAAUCCCUCGAAGUAAUCUUGAGAUCUCCCACUUGCCCUAGGGUUUCGUCCCCAAGUAAAGAAGAAGUAGUUGCUAAAGUAGGCGAGAAGAAAGAAUACUCGCAGUCCCCUGAUUUGGCGCUUCCGGACAUCAAUUCGGGGAUCUACAUCACCGACGAGUUCCGGAUGUAUGCUUUCAAGAUUAAGCCGUGCUCCCGUGCCUACUCCCACGACUGGACGGAAUGCCCCUUCGCCCACCCCGGCGAGAACGCCCGGCGACGCGAUCCGCGGAAGCACUCCUACAGCUGCGUGCCGUGCCCUGAGUUCCGCAAAGGCAGUUGCCGCAACGGCGAUGCCUGCGAAUACGCCCACGGGGUGUUCGAGAGUUGGCUCCACCCGGCACAGUACCGGACCCGGCUUUGCAAGGAUGAGACUGGAUGCAACCGCCGAGUCUGCUUCUUUGCGCACAAGGUGGACGAGCUGCGUACGGUGAACCCCUCCGCCGCUUCGAUGACUGGAACGGCAGCGUUUCCAUCGCCCAAAUCUUCGCCGCAUCCGGGCGUUUCAUCCAUGGACAUGGCGACGGCCCUGUUGCUGAUGCAGCAAUCAGGUUCGCCGGCGUCUUCUCAGACAGGAAGCGUCGCGACAUCAACAGCGUUGCAGCUGCCGAGCAAUAGGCUGAACACUUCAAAGAGUGCCAGGAACAUGGAGGUCGACCUGGAGUUGCUUGGAUUGGAAGGGUAUCAGAAGAAGCUUAUUGAUGAUGUCCGAAGAACAAACAGCUUCGCUGCAGCUGGGGCUACUGAUUACAACUAUUUGUUUGGUUCCGUCGAUCCAUCACUAUUGAACAAAUUGCAGGGGCUCUCUGUGAGAUCGAUGCAGCCGUCUCAAUUGCUGUCUAGCUAUGGUAGCUCCUCAUCUGCCUCCCCAACUGCCACUGCAUCCUCCUCCUUCGGACUCGACCAUUCGACGGCGAAGGCCAUCAUGAAUUCGAGAGCUUCUGCAUUUGCUAAACGGAGCUUAAGCUUCUGCGACCGCGGGUCACCUGCUGGGCGCCAGUCCACGCUAUCUGCAAUGACGACGGCCACUAUCGCACCACCGGCGGUGUCCGAUUGGCGCUCACCAGACGGUAAAUUGGAUUGGAGCGUCCAAGGCGAGGAAUUGAGCAAGCUCAAGAAAUCUGCUACCUUUGCAUUCCGCAACAACCAGGCCGUGCACGGAGGCGUAUCUUCGCCCCCUGGAUCGAACGAACCCGACGUGUCCUGGGUGACUUCUCUGGUGAAGGAUGGACCUCCAGUGGCUCCAGUGGGCCGAAUCAGCGCAGGCAAGCAGCAGCAGAAGGGUUAUCCACUCAAGGAUGGAGGCAAUUCCCACAGCUCAGGGAUUUUCUAUCCUUGGGUGGAGGACAAGAUAUUUGCAUAGAAGUUGCUACGAACAGCUACUGACCUGAUUUUUUUUUCAUUAUAUAUGUUUUCUUGAAACAAUCGUAUAUGCCAUGGCAGGCAUAUUUGGUCAAUAGAAUGCUUGAAAGAAGUGAUCUUGAAUCAUUCGAAUGUUUUUUGAAUAUUGUAUCAGUGAAACAGCUUGUUACA